AUGUGGAAACAGGUAGUCGGACUAUUAGCUUUGUUCAUUGUUCUCAGCCAGGCUGUUCAAGGCAAAGUGACAGACCAUGCGACUACACUGAGACGCCAGGCGCAGACUGCGCUGCCUCAAUGCGCCUCCCAAUGUCUCGCAUCGCUAUUACCGACAACAAAAUGCGCACCGACCGACGUCGAGUGCCUAUGUCAAGAUAAUCCCCUUCUGGAAGCGACCGCUGCCUGUGUCCAGGCCAAUUGCACAGUCAUCGAAGCCCUGACGACUCAGCGAGUACAAACGACCAGCAUAUGUCCACAGCCCGUCCGCGAUCAGUCCGGCCUCACAGUCCGCGUCGUAUGGGCGCUAUUCAGUCUCGCGCUCUUUUCAGUGCUCGCGCGCUUACUCUCUCGUCUGCAGAGACUGGGCGGCAGCGGUUUCGGCCACGAUGACUGGACAAUCCUGCUCGGUCUGUUGCUCUUGAUACCUUUGAAUGUUAUUUUGCACUUCAUGGCUCUCGAUGGGCUGGGGAAGGAUAUCUGGAUGGUCAUGCCAGGGCAGAUUACGAACAUUCUUUACCUCUUCUGGGUGGAAGAGUUCUUGUAUACAUUCAUCUUGGCCGUGACGAGGAUCUCGAUCCUGCUGUUGUAUCUGCGGAUGUGGCCGGACACUGAGUCGCGGAAGUUUAGGAAUGCCUGUAUCGGGUUGAUUGUGCUAUUGAGUGUGUACGCGGUCACGAUGAAUGUUGUGCUCGCUGCUAGUUGCAGUCCGGUGUCGUAUGCGUGGUGA